AUGGGCUUUGCUGCUGAUGUGGCAGAGUAUGGACGUGAGCAUGGCAUUACGAACUUUAUGGAAGCAUGGGAUAGGUUCCACGACCCUCCCCCUGAUUGGGAUCCCUGGGAUCCGGAUCGCCGUCGCAGCAGCCGGAGCAGGAGCAGAGAACGGCAGAGAGAACGAGAAAGAGAAAGGCAGAGACAGGAGAUCGAACUAGAAAGAUGGCAGAGAGAAGCGGAGAAGCUUGCUGCAGUGGUGAGGCAGUGCAUCGCAAGAAGUAAAACCAAAAUGAAAUUCCUUGCAGCCUGUGAGGUUAUUGCCGUGGAGGAUCCCCUGGCCGUUGCCGAAAGUGGGGAAGAAGUGGUUGAGACCAUUUAUGACCGCCUGGAUGCAGAGGCUAGGAGACGGGGUACAUCAAGUGAUGAACUGGUUCAAGAAAGAUUGGCAGGAAGGGAGUUCACUGGUUUCUUUGGGCCAAAGUCAGCUCAUUGA